CUGAUUAGAGAAGGGACCGGAAGUGUUGCCGUGCUCAAGUGUGAAAGUAGCGGAGUGAUGAAUUUAUUUGCUUGUUAAACGUCUUGUUUAGUUUAUUACAGUAAACAUGGCGGCGAAACGUAAAGCGGACGCGACGGUUCCUGCGGAGGAGAGCGACCAGCUGCUGAUCCGCCCGCUAGGAGCCGGUCAGGAAGUUGGACGAUCCUGCAUAAUUCUGGAGUUCAAAGGCAGAAAAAUCAUGCUGGACUGCGGGAUCCAUCCUGGUCUGGAGGGGAUGGACGCUCUGCCCUACAUCGACCUGAUCGACCCUGCUGAGAUCGACCUGCUGCUAAUCAGCCACUUCCACCUGGACCACUGCGGAGCGCUUCCCUGGUUCCUGCAGAAGACCAGCUUUAAGGGACGUACUUUCAUGACACACGCCACCAAGGCCAUCUACCGCUGGCUGCUGUCCGACUACGUCAAAGUCAGUAACAUCUCAGCAGACGACAUGCUGUACACCGAGACGGACCUGGAGGACAGCAUGGAGAAGAUCGAAACCAUCAACUUCCAUGAGGUGAAAGAAGUGGCAGGCAUCAAGUUCUGGUGUUACCACGCCGGCCACGUUCUGGGCGCCGCCAUGUUCAUGAUCGAGAUCGCCGGCGUCAAGCUGCUGUACACCGGAGACUUCUCCCGGCAGGAGGACAGACACCUGAUGGCGGCGGAGAUCCCCAGCGUGAAGCCAGAUAUCCUCAUCACAGAGUCGACGUACGGGACCCACAUCCAUGAGAAACGGGAGGAGAGAGAGGCCCGCUUCUGCAACACGGUGCACGACAUCGUGAACCGCGAGGGCCGCUGCCUGAUCCCCGUGUUCGCCUUGGGACGAGCCCAAGAGCUGCUGCUCAUCCUGGAUGAGUACUGGCAGAACCACCCGGAGCUCCACGACAUUCCCAUCUACUACGCCUCGUCUCUGGCCAGGAAGUGCAUGGCCGUCUACCAGACCUACAUCAACGCCAUGAACGACAAGAUCCGCAAGGCCAUCAACGUCAACAACCCCUUCGUCUUCAAGCACAUCAGCAACCUGAAGAGCAUGGAUCAUUUUGACGACAUCGGCCCCAGCGUGGUGAUGGCGUCGCCUGGCAUGAUGCAGAGCGGACUCUCCAGAGAGCUGUUUGAGAGCUGGUGCACCGACAGGAGGAACGGCGUCAUCAUCGCCGGGUACUGCGUGGAGGGAACGCUGGCCAAGCACAUCAUGACUGAACCUGAGGAGAUCACCACCAUGUCGGGUCAGAAGCUUCCUCUGAAGAUGUCUGUGGACUACAUCUCCUUCUCGGCUCACACCGACUACCAGCAGACCAGCGAGUUCAUCAGAGCUCUCAAACCUCCCCACGUGAUUCUGGUCCACGGCGAGCAGAACGAGAUGGCCCGCCUGAAGGCGGCUCUGAUCCGGGAGUACGAGGACAAUGACGAGGUCCACAUCGAGGUCCACAACCCGAGGAACACCGAGGCCGUAACGCUCACCUUCAGAGGAGAGAAGCUGGCGAAGGUGAUGGGCGCGCUCGCAGACAAGAAGUGCGCUCAGGGCCAGAGGGUCUCUGGGAUCCUGGUCAAGAGGAACUUUAACUACCACAUCAUGACCCCAACUGACCUCUCCAACUACACGGAUCUGUCCGUCGGCAUGGUGACCCAGACUCAGGCCAUCCCGUUCACCGGACCCAUCUCCCUGCUGGUGAGCCAGCUGAGGAACCUGGCAGGUGAUGUGCACCAGGUGGAGAAGGCAGAGAAAAUCACAGUGAAGAUCUUUGAAAGCAUCACGCUGGUUCAUGAAGCCGGCAUGGUGCUGCUGGAGUGGGUCGCCAACCCGCUCAACGACAUGUACGCAGACGCCGUCGCCACUGUGGUUCUGGAGGUCCAGUCCAAUCCCAGCGCCCAGAAGUUCCUGGACAGGAAGGAGGCCUUCGACAUGGAGGUGUUUGUGGAGCGUCUGGAGCUCAUGAUGCAUGACAUGUUCGGGGACGACUGCGUGAAUUUCAAAGACAGCAGGAAUUUGUUUGUGACGGUGGACGGCGCCACGGCAACAAUCGACCCGGAGACGAGAGCGGUGACGUGUCUGGACGACGAGCCUCUGAGGGAAAUGAUUGAAGUCGCCGUCCAACGACUCUUUGAGGCCCUCACGCCCGUCUUCUGACAGGCCACGCCCCCUUAUCCCAGCAGAUUAUUUUUUUUACAACACAGCUGUUGUCAGAUGUCCGUAACGAUUGUUUUUGUACAAAAUAAAACAAAUUUUGCGAGAUUUC